CUCUGAGAAAUAGUCGUUGAACAAUCUUCAAUGUGCGCUUUCUCGAUCUCGGUGGAUAAAAGAACGUCCAGGAACUGAGCCUCCAUGAAUCACCUGGCUGCUUUGUAAAUUGUUAUUUUCGAUAGCAGAAUGUUUCGCCAAUUCUUCUUGCUCAUGACUAUUAAUCAUUUCUACAUUUUCAGCAUCAUCAUCUGAAGAGGAUGAAGAAGAACUCAAAUGUAGAGGUGAAUUUUGUAAAAUUGCAAUUCAUUUUAAAAGAAGAAACUUAGAGUGUGUGAAGUAAAAAUUAAAUUUGUGAAAACCAACAAGGAUUUCUACUAUAUAUAGAUCAUUUUGAAAUCACUUUUAUUGUAAUAUUAAAUCAUAUUAUUUUAGAUUGAAAAAUGUGAGAAUCUUUGAAUCACUUUUUCAUUGCACUAUCAAGUCAUGCCAUAGUAGAUUGAAAAAUGUGAGAAUCUUUGAAUCACAUUUUCAUUGCAUUAUCAAAUCAUGUCAUAGUACAUUGAAAACUGUGAGAAUCUUUGAAUCACCUUUUCGUUGCAUUAUCAAAUCAUGACAUAAAAUAUAAAAUUAUAUAAGAAUAUUUGAAUCAAUUGCAUUAUCAAAUCAUAUUAUAACAAAUUAAAAAAAGUGAGAAUCUUUGAAUAAACUUUUCAUUGUAUUAUUAAAUCAUGUCAUAAUAAGCUUAAAAUGUGAGGAUUUAAAUUCACGUUUUCAUUGUAUUAUCAAAUCAAGUCAUAGUUGAUAAAAAAUGUGAAAAUAUUUAAAUUCACCUUUUUAUUGAAUUAUCAAAUCAUGUCAUAACAAAUUAAAAAUGUGAAAAUCUUUGAAUAAACUUUUCAUUGUAUUAUCAAAUCAUGUCAUAAUAAGUUAAAAAUGUGAGAAUCUUUGAAUAACUUUUUCAUUGUAUUAUCAAAUCAUGUCUUAUAAAUUAAAAAAAUUUGAGAAUCUUUAUUGUGUAUAAAUAACAUUUUGUGUUCUACAUUUUCAUUCACAACACUGAAUCAUAAUAUUUUCUAUUGCAUCCACAUCUUAUUUUAACUUUGUUUACAAAAUUCCGUUACGUUCUGCUGGAAAUACUCAUGAAGAAGAUAGAUUUUUAUGUCAAGUAUAUAUGGAAAUAUCUCAAGAUCCAAUCAAAGGUGUUUAUCAGUCGUUCGACUAAUUCUGGUCUCGUGUGGCAGCUGCUUACGAGAACGAAAAAUAUGCAAGUUGGAGUGAACGUACAAAAAGUCUAUCCAUUGUCGAAUUCAAACUAUUGAGAAAGCAACAAAGAAAUUGCAUGCAUCACGCAAUGUGAAAACAGACGUCCAAGUGGUGCUUCAACUGAUGACAUUGUAAGUGUUGUUUAGUUUGUGUAAUAUAUAUUUUACUUACUUUGCAAUAAUGUUUUAAAAUGAUAUUCAGCUUAAACAAGCCAAGUUAAUGGUAUUGGAUGAUCCAAAAUACAAAGGAGGUUAGAAGUUCGAUCAUGUAUGGAGCAUUAUAAAGAAUUGUGAAAAGUUUAAAGAUGGUGACACAUGCACAAGAAAAGUAUCAAACUCAUGUGGUUUCGGAGAUACAAAUCCAGAAUUGGAAAAUGUUACAUCUGAUUAUGCUACACAAGAAUCUCCAAGUUUGUCUAUUUUUUUCUAUAAAUUUAGAUGAUGAAGAAGAUAGAAUGGGUAGAUCUAAGAAACCAAUUGGAGUGAAAAAAGCCAAACUCAAAAGAAAAAUUGAUGAUCAAACAUCACUUGUUAUUAACACCUUGGAGAAGAAAAUAAAAAACUACUGGAGAAAUUAGAGAAAACAAGCGCACAAAGGCAUCAACGUUUGGAGAUUCAAAACAAGAAUUAUGCUUUAAGGAAGUUUUAAAGAAGAGAACACAAUUUUAUUUCGUGAUUUGAACUCCAUACAAGAUCCUAACGUUCAUGCAUACAUUCAAUCUGAGCAAAUCGAAUUUUAGUAGAAAGAACUGAACAAACAACAAGCUCAACAGUCUUCUCAAGCAACCACUUCAUUUGGACAAUAUUUUAACAAUUUUAGUGGAUCUGGAAAUGGUUUACUAGAUUAUUAAGUGUUAGUUUUUGAUGUGCUAAGUUUUUUUUUAUAUUUAGUUUGAUGUUUAUCAAGUCUUUCGGUUUUUAUAUUAUUUAUGUAAUUGUGUUUCAUCUAAAUAUUAGUAAAAAAAAGAAAAACAUGUUUCUAUUAUAUUUAAUAUUUUAAAUUGAUUGAAUAAAAAAAAUAAAAACUUUUAAAGUAAGUUGGUAAUAUUAGCUCUUAUAGUUUAUUUAAGUAAAAUUUAAGAACAAAUUAAAGUUGAGAGACUAAUCUGUAACUAAAAAAAUGUAUCUUAAAAAAGUGAAAAAUAACUCAGAUGGUCUUUUCACAUUUUACCAAAAAAAAUAACAGUUUUGGUUUCGGUCAACUAAGUCUCACGACACUUUUACUGAUUAUGAUAGGUGGCAUAAGGAGAAAAUUAUCAUUGUAUAACGUUAUAUAUAUAUCUUCCUCCUGAUACCACUAUGGAAGAUUUGGUCAACUCAUUUUCACUUUCUAUAACACACCUGAUUUUUAAUACAACAGAGGAUAGAAUGUCAAAACGUGGUUAGGUGCUUCUAAAUGUAAACCAUUACCAAAUCAUUUCAAUAACAUAAAAUAAAACGUUCACUCGUCAAGGUGUACACGUUUUCAGUUAACCUUAUAUCUUCUUCUUCCUUGAUAACAACAGAUUAAACCGCAGAUACUCAUCAAAUUCAGGGUCAGUAAAUGAUAUCUUUACGGUAAAGACUUUAUCGAUAAUUUUAUACUAGGCAACGUUUACUCUCUUUUUUUUUUACAGAUACAUAACCAUCAAGGAGGCUUCAACUUUCGUGAUCAGUACACGACUAUAAAAAAAUUUAGCACAAAUCUUGAUCAAAUCAGUCUCGGGAAACUCUUAAAAAAUUUCAGAAUUGACAUAAAGACUAUACAAAGAUGAUUAGUGGAUACUACUAUUGAAGAUCUGGCUAGAUCUUUUUUAGUUUUUAUUAUAUCCACCAACGUGAUAUUGGAAAACGACAACAGUAGAUGAAAUUUCACAUUUUGGCUAGCUAUUUUAUAAUCAGAGCAAACAAAAUCUAUACCAAAUCUUGCACCACGCAAAAGUUGACAUGCAUUUCGAGAUUAUAUAUAGUGUUAAGGCUUUUACAUCGUCAGCAGACACACAAACAUAAGUCAGAAGUAACUCCUGAUUGUUCUUUCUUUCAUGGCUGAUUUAGUCUCUGGUGACAUAGAAGUGCAACACUCUGGCGAUCCAAGCAGCAAGCGUGGUGGCUGGAUCACUUUUCCCUUCAUCAUCGUUACGUUGUUAGGACUGUCCAUAACUUCUUUCGGGGUGAUACUUAACUUGAUCGUAUUCUUGAUCGAGGAAUUCAACAUCAAGAGCAUCGCUGCUGCUCAGAUUUCAAAUAUUUUCAAUGGAUGUCUUGCCAUGUUGCCUGUUGUUGCAGCCAUUCUAGCCGACUCUUUCUUCGGAGACAUUCCCAUCAUCUUGGCUUCUACAUUCAUUUCUCUGCUCGUAAAUCCAAAACUCAUCGAGGCUCUACUAUCAAUUUAUACAAAAGGCUCACCAUUUCCAAAACGUCUUUUUCAGGGCAUCUCUCUUUUGACUCUUAUCGCAUUUUCGGACUACUUGAGACCUCGACCGUGUGAACCGGGCUCAAUCCUAUGCCAAUCACCAUCAGACCUCCAGCUUGGGAUUAUAUAUGUAGUCCUAGCUCUAGUGACUACUGGAACAGCUGAGACACGAGUGGCUUUGGCAUCUGCUGGUGCAAACCAAUAUGAGAAACCUAAAGAUCAAGGAACCUUCUUCAACUGUUACUUCCUCAUGGUAAAUACAGGCGCGAUCAUUAGCGCGACAGCAAUUGUAUAUACUCAGGACAAUGCUAGCUGGAAGCUCGGGUUUGGUCUCUGCGCUGCUGCUAAUUUAAUCAGUUUUAUCCUUUUCAUCUCCGGGAAGAGACUUUACAAGCAUAACAAACCUAUGGGAAGUCCCUUCACAAGUCUAGUCCGUGUUAUAGUCGCUGCUACAGUGAAAAGAAAGGCUGUUAUCUCAUCCAAAGACGAAGAUUAUUACCACCAUGGGCUCGGACAAAAGAACAAGAAUUCUGCUGUAGUGCCCUCCCAGAGUUUCAGCUUCUUUAACCGUGCAACAUUGAAGACGAAAGGGGAGAGUGGCGACACAACUAAUAACAAAUGGAGACUAUGCUCUGUUCAGGAAGUAGAAGAUUUCAAAGCCGUUCUUCGACUUCUUCCUCUGUGGCUAUCCAUCAUCUUUGUUAGCAUUCCUAUUGCUGUGCAAUCAAGCUUGAUGGUACUCCAAGCUCUAGUUACGGACCGUGUGCUUAGCCCUCACUUCAAAGUUUCGGCUGGAUCUAUCCAAGUUAUAGCAAUCAUCUUCUCAUGCAUCUUUAUCAUAAUGAACAACUGGCUUUUUUAUCCCAUGUACCAUAAGCUAACCAACAAGGUCAUGACUCCGCUUCAAAAGAUUGGUAUGGGCCAUGUUUUCACAAUCCUAAGCAUGGUGAUCUCCGCGGUUGUGGAAUCAAAAAGGCUGAAAACAGUUCAAAAUGAGCAUCUCAUGUCAGUGUUAUGGCUGUUUCCUCCUUUUGUGAUAUUAGGAAUAAGCGAAGCCUUUCAGUUACCGGCCCAUAUUGAAUUAUUCUAUGGAGAAUUCCCAGAGUCGUUACGGAACACGGCGACAUCAUUGACCUCACUAGUGAUUGGAAUUACGUUUUAUUUGAGCACAGCUCUGAUCGAUCUGAUCCAAAGGACCACUGCGUGGUUACCGGAUGAUAUUAACCACGGAAGAGUUGAUAAUGUUUACUGGGUUUUAGUCACUGGUGGUGUUUUGAAUUUUGGCUAUUUUCUUGUCUGCUCGUGGUUUUAUAAUUACAGAUUCCUCAGGGAUAAUGGUCAAGAACAAGAUCCUAAAGAUGUUAUAAUCUAAAGGCACACCAUGUUUUGGUUGAAUUUAAGUUAUGUGUUUGUGUUUGCAAUGAUAGCUCAUGUCUAUGUUUGUAUAGAAAUCGAGAACACCUUGAUUGUAAGAUCACACACAAGUAAAUAAGAACUCUUCUUAUUAAUCCUCAAUGCUUUAGAAAACUAUCUCAAAAACUAAAGCUCUCACAACUCAUAAGUUAUGCUACACAUUAGCAUCUCCUUAUAUAUAUCUCAUAACUUCCUAAACUCAUUAGG